UCUUGACAGACAUUUAAGUAGUAGAUGUUGAGAGACCAUGGUGCAGUGUGAGAGAAGAGGAUCAAGGUUGAAGACAGAUUUUGUGAUAAGAACAUGGCAAUAGAGCCCGCCUUCCUUGAUCCUCUUAUUAACAAUGAUGGUUACUUUCCAUCUUUCUUGCAGCAAAACGAAUCAGAAGAUGAGAUUUUACGUGCCCUGUUAGAUGCUCAAUUUGCUGAAGAAUUACAGUUCGAAGAGGCUCUAAAGGCUUCUUUGAUCAGUUGUCAGAUGCCAAGCAAUGUGCCAUCAUCAACUCCGUCCAAGACCAACAUGGAAGCAAUUUUAGGACACAAGAUUGAACCACCACCGCGAGUGCUAGAAAAGGGUGAACCAUCUCUAAGUUCCUGUGACAUGUGCCUGGAAAGGAAGGAAAAGUAUCAGAUCAUUAAAAAUGAGAGCUCUGGUCUGAUCUUUUGCUUAGGCUGCAGCAAAACUUUGGAACUUUUAGAAAAGGAAUGGCGCAGCCAAGAGUUGAGUAUGGACACGAGUUCUAGAAAUGACACUGGCAAGUCUCUCACUGUUGAUGCCAGUAAUGGUAAUCCGACACCAAAGAGUGAAGCUGAAUCAGUAAGUCCUGGUGCAGUGGAAGUUAUCAGUCUCAACUCAGCACCAGAUGAAGGUGAGUUGGGGUUUAUUGAAAGUAAGCAUGUGAAAAUGGCUGAAACCAUUGCCGCAAAACAGCAGGGUCCACAGAAUCCUAAUCCUAAAGCAUGGGGACAUACAGACAUGGAUCAGAAUCAAGCCAUCACAAGCAAUGCUGAUUCUGAGAUGGCAGUUGACAGAGGAAAAGGAGGCUUCCGAACAUGCCCCAGAUAUUUCAAGAGCACUGCUGCACGAUCUCUAGAUAGGUCAUGUGAGGGACAAAUAAGUAACACGCGAGGAGCAGGUAACCCCAUGCUGAAAUGUGAAAUGGGAUCAUACGAAGAAAUGGCUGUGAACCAGAUCAGGAAAACGACCGAGGACAGUCACCAGUUUAUCUGGAUGAACAACAAAGUAGCUGAAGAACAAAGGCACCUAAAACUUCUUGAAGAAUCAAAUGUCAUAAUGAGGGGGAGGCUGGAAAAUGCAAUGAGGGAAAUUGAUGUUUUGAGACAGAAAAUCAAAUUGCAGCAUGAACAGAACAAGGAAGAGAUGGACUUUCAAGAACAAUUUUUCAAGGACCAAAUAAAGAUCAUUCUUGAAAAAAGAGAUAGAGAGAGCCCAGAUGAGGAGGAGCAUGAAAAUGUUCAUAAAUCCAAUGAAAGUCCUUGGAAUACAGAGGACGACAAAUACGGAGUGCAGGAAACUGCCAUGUCCAGAGUGAAUAAAGAGAAAGAGAAGGAAGUAGCUGAGAAAGGUAAGCUAGCAGAGGAACAAGGAGGACAAGAUGAAGGCAAGGAAGAGGAAGAGGAAGAGGUCAGUCUAGGAAAUCUGUAUGUGAAACUCAUGGAGAAUUCUCUUGAAACAGAAGACCCCGGUAAUGUUUAUGAUUCCGUGAUGGAGCAGAAAAGAAGAUUGAGGAGCAUGCGGGCUGAGAGACAAAGGCUUCUGGCUGCAUUAAGGUUGAAGUUUUAAACACCUGUUUCAGCCCAACAGCACCUCCUUUUCGUUGUGAACUAUUCGGCCUUGUUAUCCUUCACCAGUCUGUAAGCAGAACAAUUUCUUUGCAUUUGAGGAGAUUAACAUGCAGAGAAAUGCAAUUUGCCUACCUGCAUUGCUUUAAAUCAAUUAUAUCGAAGUCCCCUGAGGAACUGUGACCGUUGCAUGUAUUGCUCUUAGAUGUUUGAUUACCACUUACUGUGCACAUGUUUUUAAUUGUGCCUCCA